AUGCCCUUCGGCUUGCAUUCAGCCCCUGCCACCUUUCAACGAUUGGUGGACCGCGUCCUGGAACCAGCACUGGAGCCGCACGUAUUCGUCUACCUAGACGAUAUCAUCGUGACGAGCCCCACGUUCGAGGAGCAUUUAAAGCACCUGAAAGAAGUAUUCCGCCGACUACGCCAAGCCCGGCUACGGCUAAACGAGGACAAAUGCAAGUUCUGCAUCCCGAAACUGCGUUACCUCGGCCAUCUCGUCGACAAGGACGGGAUCCGCACCGACCCCGAAAAAAUCAGCGCCAUCACAGAAUGGCCGACACCGCGCACCGUUCGACAGGUACGACAAUUCCUCGGUCUCUCCUCGUGGUACCGACGAUUCGUGCCGGAUUUUACGAAGCUCGCGACACCGCUCACCCGCCUAACAUACAAACAAACGAAGUGGAAAUGGGGCGAGCAGGAGGAAGAUGCAUUCCAGGCGCUCAAGACUGCUCUCGUCUCGACACCCGUACUGGCCUGCCCCGACUUUACGCUACGAUUCGUGCUGCAGACAGAUGCAAGCGUACAGGGACUCGGGGCGGUGCUGACUCAGCACCUCGACGAAGGGGAAUGCGUCAUCGCGUACGCAAGCCGCUCCCUCAAUAAAGCGGAGAAAGACUAUAGCGCAACCGAGCUCGAAUGCUUGGCCGUCGUGUGGGGAAUCCGACGGAUGCGCGGUUACCUCGAAGGGUACACCUUCACCGUAGUGACAGAACAUCAGUCGCUACGGUGGUUACAACGGCUCGAGGCUCCCACAGGACGCCUGGCGAGAUGGCUAUUCGAAUUACAGGAAUUCGACUUCGAGGUACGAUACCGAAAUGGCGCCGCCAACAAAGUGGCGGACGCGCUCUCACGGCAACCCGUCGUCAGCUCCGUCAGCCAGAUACGUUGUCCCUGGUAUCAAGACCUUAAGCGACGAGGUCCCCGCCGCCGCGCAAUGGAAAGAAUGUGUUCCGAAAGAGCGCCGAAGCGAGGUCAUCCGGCGCCUACACGACGAGCCCACGGCAGGGCACCUCGGGGUCACGAAGACAAUCAGUCGAGUAGCGCGCACAUACUACUGGCCGGGGAUGCAGCGCGAUGUCGCCUGAUACGUCCGCAGUUGCCAAAGCUGUCUGGCACACAAACCGCUCCAACAAGCGCCGGCUGGGCGACUCCACCCGCGACCAGUACACAGCCCAUGGGAGCAAGUAAGCAUCGACCUCAUGGGACCGCUACCACGAUCCACCACAGGGCACUCAAGCCUGCUGGUGAUCCAAGAUCGGUAAUCAUUACCGACAACGGGAGACAGUUUGUAGCGCAACAGUUUAAAGAUCUCCUCGGGACAUACAAAAUUCGAUAUAUGACAUCACCCGCCUAUGUGCCCCACUGCAAUCUUGUGGAACGAGCUAAUCGGACGAUAAAAACGAUGAUAAGGCAAUACAUAGGCCGAAGGCACACCAACUGGGACCAACAACUCCCCGCCUUACAGUUCGCGUUCAACACAGCGGUGCAGGAAUCCACCGCGUAUACACCGGCUUUUUUAAACACGGGAAAAGAACUCGCCAUGCCCGCGAACGCCACCACACAGGAAGGGAACGACAUUACAAUCUGCGACGACGGGCAUGGAGGCCGAAUAUCAGGGAACACGUUUGGAAACGCGAGCACGUGCUCUCCAACAAAGCAGCCGACUUCCCCACCAAACUCGCGCCGCGCUAUAUCGGGCCGCUCGAAGUAUGAGCCUUCCACUCUCCCGUCAUCAUCGAUCUACGCGACCAACGAGGAAAAUGGUACCGCCGUACACGUUCAGGAUUUUAAGCCGGAACCGCUGAACGAAUGUCAGGACAAACAGGACAAGACCGUAAACACGAUCCGCGCUACAAACUACCAAAUGACUCGCAGAGAAGAUCGACAGAAUCAACUGCUUGCCGACCUCGCGCUCAGCAGCGACGAGGACGCUCCCAGGAACGGUCGACCUAACACCGUAACCGAUACGCAGAGUGCCGACGAUCGGGACACGGGUACAGCGUUCCGACCACAUCAACCGGGGCAAGCUAGCCUGGCUUACAGCCCUUCCGCCACCAACACCCAGGCCACGGGACAGGAGCCACUACCACCAGCACGGGAACCAGGGGCCCCCCGCACAACAUGCCGACCGAGCCGAGCAGGCAAUUGCGCCGCCAUACGAAGACGCACCAUACGACGCGACGUAGAAGAACGACCGCCACCGGCCGCUCGUCCGCCGCCAGCUGAGACCAGCAACCACGCCGCGGCCCCGUCCACAGAGCCGACCACCAGGCGCUUCAUCGGGUCUCAGCCACCGCCGCCACUGAAGGUCGAAAUCAUCGAGGGACUAUAUGCCGACAUCCCUCACUUCGCCGCGGACGUCUCGCGGCUAUAUCGGGUCUGCACCGAGACCGGAAAGUGGAUCUUACGCUUCACUCGGGACGGCCAGCUCAGAUCCCGCCGCUUUGUCCCUGACUGA